CCGGAUUACCACUCGAAUUCAUUUCGACAAGAACACCUCGAAUUCCGACAAGAACACAUCCGCCAAGAUCGAGACAUUGAACUCACUUGGAUCAACUAUUUGGUAAGGCAUCUAAGAUGUAUUUAUUUCAAUACAUACAGGUUUAGUAUGAGGGCAACACAACCUUAGGUUGGACUCUUAGUAAUGAUCAGACGGCGAAUAAUUUUGCAAAAGACCAUUCCCAGUUUGACACCAAACUAACCUUCAAUUGAAAGGGUUGACGCAGACAUGCCGAUUGUUACAUAAUAUGCCUUUCUGGCCCGCGAGCGGUAUUCCAUUCCUGCAGUUAUCUGACUGUCAUUUCACAUCAGUCUGUCGCAUUAGAGGAGCCGCUUUGCCGCUGAGUGCUUUCGGUCCGCUAGUUUCCUUCUGCAAUAACACGGUGCUAAAUUGGAAUGACCAUGCAAAAGGCAGAACGUCUAAGACCCCAAAGAGAACAGUUUAGAGCCGAUAAAGCCAUCUAGUAUAAAUAAAGUUGGUUAAGCUACUUUAAUGUUAGAACUAUUGAAACAAUCGGCAGUGUCCAACAGAGAGCUUUAGAUUUUACUACGAGAAUACGAGCUAGAUCUAAUAUGUUGUUGGCGUGUAUGCACUGAUUGUCCUGAUUUAUUGUGUGACUUAUCUUGAGUAAUUCCAACUUAAAAACCCUGACUCAUUUGGAUUCUCAUUUGGUGUGUUGGAGGCUAAUAAAUUCAAGCAUUGCAGAUUUGAAUGUCUGAUAAACAUGUCCGGGCCAUAGUAUUAUUUGACCUGACUGUACGCAUCAAUGAACAAGAACGCUUGUAAUCUCGUAAUCUCGUGUUUAUAAAUUAUCUAUAAACACUGCGAAAACCAAGCUGAUCCUUUUCAGAUCAAAAAAUAAGAAACCUAAAUGUGAUUUAAGAAUUUCUAUAAAUAGCGAAACUAUAAAACACGUAAAAAAACUACGUUUUUAGGGAUUGUUAUAGAUGAAUUUUUAUCAUGGUGCGAUCAUAUAGAUCUUAUUUCAAAAAAAAUUAUCAAAUGUACAGCUAUUAUAUCCAGAAUACGACAUUUUACAAACCUAAAUUCCUUAAAACUGAUCUAUUACACAUUGGUCUAUCCAUAUCUUAUAUACUGUAAUUUAGUUUGGGGUAACGCUUACAAAUCCCACAUUCAAAAAUUAGUAAAUAUCCAGAAAAAGAUAGUAAGAUUAAUGACCUUCAAAUCCUAUUUUGACCAUACUGAACCAAUUUUUAAUGACCUUAUUAAAAUACUAAACUUGUAUAAAUUGAAUGACUUCUUAACAAGUCUAUUUAUGUUCCGAUACUUUCAUCUACAAAAUCUUCCAGAAAUUUUUGAUAAAUAUUUUUUAACUAACAAAGAAAUCCAUAAUUACAACACAAGAAACGCAUCAUUGCUCCACAAAAGUUGUACUAGAACAAAUUAUAAAAAACACACGCUCGGUAAUAACGGCAUCGAUGUGUGGAAUAAUCUUCCGACGCAAUAUAAGCAAAUUAGAUCUCUUCCAAUAUUUAAAUCUACAAUGAAAAUAUAUUUUCUUCUGUCAAAUUUAAAUAAGUAGAAUUCUUGGCACAAAGUGAAAAGCCAAAUAAUUGUUAUAAUUGUUAAGCCAAAUGGUCUGAUCAUAUAUCUUUUACGCACUUUCCUUAUUGUAAAUAUAUCACCGUAAUUCCUUUGAAAACAAUUGGACUGGUAUUAACUUUUAAUAUUAUAUUUUUUGAAUUGUAACUAGGGACCUUAAACAAAAGCCUCAUGGUUUCUAGAAGGUUCCUAGCCCUACUAUUGUAAAUAUUUUCUAUUUAAAUUGUUAAUUUUAUAAACUGAUUUGGGCGAAUAUAUUAAAUAAAAAAAAAUUCUAAUAUAUUAACUCGUUGAUAGGGCCAGUGCAACUACCUGAAAAAUACGAGGAGAACCUCGACGUUUAGAGCGAAGGCCGGCCUUCGUCGGGACAUUAACUACAUGUAUGGUCGCAAUCUCGAAACCAAAAAGCCUCCACAGAGGAUUGUGGUCUCUGGUUUCGAGAUUGGUAUGGUCGGGAUUUAGUGGGGGCUCAUUCUCGUACCCAGAGGCCUUCUUACGCGCGGUGCGACGAGGGGCUCUGGCCAAAUCCAUAUUUCGAACUGGCAUCUGAUUGGCUAGUUAUAACACAGGAUAUUGUUUUCUUAUCAUGUUUUUACGGUAUCCGGUUAUGGAUUUGGCCAGAGCCCCUCGUCACACCGCGCGUAAGAAGGGCUCUGGGUACGAGAAUGGUGGGGGCUUUGGUGGAGGGCCCUUUACCAGGUUCGAAUUGCUAAUAGAUCAUAUUACUGUUGUUGUGCAUUAAAUAAAUGCAUAAAUUUUGCUUUAUGCACUCGCGUGUGCAGUAAUUUUGACAGUUAUGCUAUUUUAAAUUCCCAGGCGCCUUAAAUCUUUUGUCUUUAAAACAAUGUCGAUUUCUUGGGAAAUUCCGAGGUUGCGCUUUUUUUGAUACACCCUGUAUUCUGCCUCUGGGCCAUAACUCAUGCAUAAGUCCAAAUUUCGGUGAGUUGAAAUAAAAUAUUUCCAUCUUUACGUUUUUUAUGUUACAAUUUGGCCGCCCUAUAACCAACAUAUCGCUUCUUUGCAAUUCAAGAGAUCGUUUUUGUUGACGUGUAAAUAAUGCCGACAAAUUUAAAGAAAAAAGUCGCUGCACGGGAACAAAUUUCCUAGUGGGAAAUAAUUACCGCUGCGCAUUGAAGCAAAAAAGCUCUCAAUAGGCCCUUUCAAGGUUUAUUCCGCCAUAUUGCCGGGGGUGCAAAACAUUGGGGCGAGCGCGCGGCCAAGCCAUGGCUGGCAUAUAUUUUACUAAUGAGUGAGCGAUAAUUUUGUGUGGACGUUUUGUUGAUUUUCUCAUGCUAUGUUAAAAGAUAGUCCAAACUUUUGUAUUCUGACUGAUCUGUGUGAAUUUUCAAAGUACGGGUAAAGAUUUCAAUGGAAUCUGAUUGGGGGAAAUCCGUAAAUAUGCUGAUUUCUUCGACACCUUUCGGCGAGCUGUUUACAGUGGAUUCACGACAACGAAACGUCAAAAACAGGGCUUUUAUGUCUGUAUUUGUUCAAAAAAAAACAACAUUACAAAAGAAUCAUGUUUAAAAACAAUACAACAAAGCUGUCGGGAAAGAAGACGUCCAGGUGCGAGAGUAUAACCUGAUCCAAAGUCAAUCUCACCUUUAUAUCACAUGGAUAUAUUAGAGAUAAACUUAUAAAUGUAAGCGAAUUCAAAGGGUAUAUAUUGAGAGAUAUUGAGAGUUUGAGUUGUUUAUAUUUUAUGUUCUCAUAGAAGAUUAUAUUGCAAAUAUUCCUUUUACUUUGGCUAUUUAUGGCUACAAAGGAGAAGCUUGAAUACGAGGAUUUCGUUGGGUUGAGUCCGGUUGACAGAGUGGGAAAAGGUUGAACUUGUGGCAAGAGCAUUUAAAGCGUAUGAAUUGGGUGCUCCAAAGAAAUUUACACAGGAACAAAUUUUUGAUAGUAUUAAUUAAGAAGGAAUACCAACAAAGGCUACAAACUAAUGAUAUUAUUAAGAGCGAUCCUAACACUCUCUGCAAUGAAUAUUGAAAAGAUGACAUUCAAACAUGGCCACAUGUUGAUGAUGGAAUGGUACAUUCUACGAGUAAAUGCAGUGGAUUGGCAAAUACAAAGAUGAGAGGGCCUACUCAUAUUGGAUGAGUGGAUUUGUUGAUAUAAUUUAUGUUGCCAAAUGCACCAUUGACAAGACCAUGACAUUUUUUGUAAAGCUCAGUAUGUCCAUCACAAAGGAUUUGUGAUGACUCACAUAUAAAAGUGUGGAUGUGUGUCCUUGAACAGCUAGAACAGUUGAGGCAUGUAAUCAUGUACUUGUAGUCCUCUAUGUAUAAGAUCAACUAUGCUUACAACAAGCAAUAUAUUUCCCCUGCCUGUGUGCCUGUACCAGUGUUCCCCAAGGAUGGAACAAAGGAACAUGAAAAGAAGUAAAUCCAAGCAAGGUUAAAAAUUUAAUUUUUAGACCAAACACCUGGCUGUGAUUAAACAUUGAGGAAAGAAUUUGACCCCAGAAAACCUGAGGACAGAAAUAUUACCAAUAAAAGAGUUUCCUUAUCAUUUAUUUAUUUAGUUUUAAUUUUUCUCCCCUAUGUACAGUUCCAUAGACAAUAUUUACAUAUUUUUCCUUAUAUUAAUUUGGGCUAAAGACCUGCUAGAUACCUUGUCAGGCUUUUUGCUUUAGGCCCCUAGUGAUUAGUAAAGGUUUAUAGUUAACUGUUAGAUUUAUAAUAUCAGUAUUAUUCUAUUUUACAGUCAAAUCAGAGAAAGAAUUUUCAGAGUAAUAGAGGAACAAUAACAUGCAAAUAGAAUAAUAUGCAAAUAGAAUGUUUUCAUAAAAAAAUGCUGCUUAAUUUGUUUUUUGAAGAUGUAUUGAGAGUUUAUGUCUUUAUUUUUUUAUUCUAGUGAGUUCCAUACAUCAACUCCAUUAUUUAGAGAGAAUAUGUUUUACAUAAUUUGUUCUUUUAUACUACUUGUGAAGUUUUGAUGAGUUUCUUGUGCUACUUUGAUGAAUUUGAUUGAUAGUCACAAAAAAAUAUCAAAACUUCAGGCACCUUUUAAGAUUAUUGAACAGCAUUGUAGAUACUGUUCCUUCUGCUUGUGUUUUGCUCUCAUGCAGUUGGCUAUGGGGGUGGUUCUGACUAUGAGAACAACUGAAACUCUCAAUAUCUCUCAAUAUUAUACACCCAUUGGAUUCGCCUACUUUUAGAAGUUUAUCUCAUAUCUAAUUACUAAUAGUAUGUCAUAUAAUUAAAGGUGAGAUUGACAUCGGUGUCAUGUUACACUCUCGCACCUGGACGUCUUUCUUCUUUCCCGACAGCUUUGUUGUAUUGUUUUUAAACAUGAUUCUUUUGUAAUGUUGUUUUGUUUAAACAAACACAGACAUAAAAGCCCUGUUUUUGGCGUUUCGUUGUCGUGAAUCCACUGUAAACAGCUCGCCGAAAGGUGUCGAAGAAAUCAGCAUAUUUACGGAUUUCCCCCAAUCAGAUUCCAUUGAAAUCUUUACCAGUACUUUGAAAACACACACAGAUCAGCCAGAAUACAACAGUUUGGACUAUCUUUUAAUUUAGCAUGAGAAAAUCAACAAAAUGUCCACACAAAAUUAUCGCUCACUCAUUAGUAAAAUAUAUGCCAGCCAUGGCUUGGCCGCGUGCUCGCCCCAAUGUUUUGCACCCCCGGCAAUAUGGCGGAAUAAACCUUGAAAGGGCCUAUUGUUUUGUAAAAGACUAUGUAAUUAACUAAUUAUACUUCCCACGCAAUAAUUUACCACCGGCAGCCGGAUUACCACUCGAGUUCAUUUCGACAAGAACACCUCGAAUUCCGACAAGAACACAUCCGCCAAGAUCGAGACAUUGAACUCACUUGGAUCAACUAUUUGGUAAGGCAUCUAAGAUGUAUUUAUUUCAAUACAUACAGGUUUAGUAUGAGGGCAACACAACCUUAGGUUGGACUCUUAGUGAUGAUCAGACGGCGAAUAAUUUUGCAAAAGACCAUUCCCAGUUUGACACCAAACUAACCUUCAGUUGAAAGGGUUGACGCAGACAUGCCGAUUGUUACAUAAUAUGCCUUUCUGGCCCGCGAGCGAUAUUCCAUUCCUGCAGUUAUCUGACUGUCAUUUCACAUCAGUCUGUCGCAUUAGAGGAGCCGCUUUGCCGCUGAGUGCUUUCGGUCCGCUAGUUUCCUUCUGCAAUAACACGGUGCUAAAUUGGAAUGACCAUGCAGAAGGCAGAACGUCUAAGACCCCAAAGAGAACAGUUUAGAGCCGAUAAAGCCAUCUAGUAUAAAUAAAGUUGGUUAAGUUACUUUAAUGUUAGAACUAUUGAAACAAUCGGCAGUGUCCAACAGAGAGCUUUAGAUUUUACUACGAGAAUACGAGCUAGAUCUAAUAUGUUGUUGGCGUGUAUGCACUGAUUGUCCUGAUUUAUUGUGUGACUUAUCUUGAGUAAUUCCAACUUAAAAACCCUGACUCAUUUGGAUUCUCAUUUGGUGUGUUGGAGGCUAAUAAAUUCAAGCAUUGCAGAUUUGAAUGUCUGAUAAACAUGUCCGGGCCAUAGUAUUAUUUGACCUGACUGUACGCAUCAAUGAACAAGAACGCUUGUAAUCUCGUAAUCUCGUGUUUAUAAAUUAUCUAUAAACACUGCGAAAACCAAGCUGAUCUUUUCAGAUCAAAAAAUAAGAAACCUAAAUGUGAUUUAAGAAUUUCUAUAAAUAGCGAAACUAUAAAACACGUAAAAAAACUACGUUUUUAGGGAUUGUUAUAGGUGAAUUUUUAUCAUGGUGCGAUCAUAUAGAUCUUAUUUCAAAACAAUGUACAGCUAUUAUAUCCAGAAUACGACAUUUUAUAAACCUAAAUUCCUUAAAACUGAUCUAUUACGCAUUGGUCUAUCCAUAUCUUAUAUACUGUAAUUUAGUUUGGGGUAACGCUUACAAAUCCCACAUUCAAAAAUUAGUAAAUAUCCAGAAAAAGAUAGUAAGAUUAAUGACCUUCAAAUCCUAUUUUGACCAUACUGAACCAAUUUUUAAUGACCUUAUUAAAAUACUAAACUUGUAUAAAUUGAAUGACUUCUUAACAAGUCUAUUUAUGUUCCGAUACUUUCAUCUACAAAAUCUUCCAGAAAUUUUUGAUAAAUAUUUUUUAACUAACAAAGAAAUCCAUAAUUACAACACAAGAAACGCAUCAUUGCUCCACAAAAGUUGUACUAGAACAAAUUAUAAAAAACACACGCUCGGUAAUAACGGCAUCGAUGUGUGGAAUAAUCUUCCGACGCAAUAUAAGCAAAUUAGAUCUCUUCCAAUAUUUAAAUCUACAAUGAAAAUAUAUUAUAUUUUCUUCUGUCAAAUUUAAAUAAGUAGAAUUCUCGGCACAAAGUGAAAAGCCAAAUAAUUGUUAUAAUUGUUAAGCCAAAUAGUCUGAUCAUAUAUCUUUUACGCACUCACCUUAUUGUAAAUAUAUCACCGUAAUUCCUUUGAAAACAAUUGGAGUAUUAACUUUUAAUAUUAUAUUAUUUGAAUUGUAACUAGGGACCUUAAACAAAAGCCUUAUGGUUUCUUGAAGGUUCCUAGCCCUACUAUUGUAAAUAUUUUCUAUUUAAAUUGUUAAUUUUAUAAACUGAUUUGGGCGAAUAUAUUAAAUAAAAAAUAUUCGAAUAUAUUAACUCGUUGAUAGGGCCAGUGCAACUACCUGAACAAUACGAGGAGGACCUCGACGUGUAGAGCGAAGGCCGGCCUUCGUCGGGACAUUAACUACAUGUAUGGUCGCAAUCUCGAAACCAAAAAGCCUCCACAGAGGAUUGUGGUCUCUGGUUUCGCGAUUGGUAUGGUCGGGAUUUAGUGGGGGCUCAUUCUCGUACCCAGAGCCCUUCUUACCCGCGGUGCGACGAGGGGCUCUGGCCAAAUCCAUAUUUCGAACUGGCAUCUGAUUGGCUAGUUAUAACACAGGAUAUUGUUUUCUUACCAUGUUUUUACGGUAUCCGGUUAUGGAUUUGGCCAAAGCCCCUCGUCACACUGCGCGUAAGAAGGGUUCUGGGUACGAGAAUGGUGGGGGCUUUGGUGGAGGGCCCUUUACCAGGUUGCGAAAUCCCGCCAUCCAGACCACUUUUCACUUCAAACCCGGACCGUUAUCCCGCCAUGCCUCAUCACAAUUUCCCGCUCCCAACUUUUUUUCUAACACUUUUCAAAGUAUUAUGAUUUAGAUCAGGACAACGGAUAACCAGGUAUUCAAAGACAUGGUAACGACAUAGAAUACCAUUUGAAUACACUAGAAUACAAUACAACAAAGUUUAAAAUAAUAAAUGACUCUACAUUGCGACUCUUCUAAAAGCCGCAAUCAUGCGUGUAAAUCGAUAUCUGAUCCCGCUAAUCGUGAAUUACUUCCCGCAUAUCGCCAUGAUAUUUUUAUUUAAUCCCGCUUUCCGCGAUGGAACUGAAAAUUCCGCUUCCCGACCAAUAUUUCUCUUAAAAUCCCGAAUCCCACCUCAAUUUCGAGCCCCGUUUACACUACGCUCGAUUUUUGGUACCCGUACCACUUUUUUGGUUCUUGGACUACCUAUUUAGGUAGCUAAGAACCAAAAAAGUGGUACGGUAAGUAGUUUUAUCUGGCGAUAAAACAAAUAAUAGUUUUGUUUGUCGAAGCACCGCGUAAAUUUAUUACCGCAGUAAUAAAUAUACGUAGUGUUUCCACAAACAAACCUAUUAAAAGAUAAAUAGUCUAUAUAUAGUAAUAUAGGCUAAGUAAGUAACAUGAGCGUAAUAUUUGAUGUAAUCGGUCACUGAAAAGCCCCAAUGAUAUGUAAAGUAAUGUAAUGUAGUGGGAUCUUCGAAGGCCUUCGCUCGAAACGUCCGACCUUAUACUUCUCAGCUAGUUGUAUCUCUAUCAGCCGAAGUUCUGUUAUCAUUGGCACAAUACCUACACUAGCAAAAACCGUUCAACAUUAUAUUUCAUAGAACAUGUCAUACCAGAGUUACAAAACAUUCAAGGUGGAGCUAAAAGACGGUGUUGCCUGGGUUACAUUUGACUUCCCUCCCGUCAAUGUACAAGGCAAACCAAUGUUGGACGAUCUCAACCGCUUGGCUGAAGCUCUAGAAUCGGAUCGCGAGAUUAAAGUGGUUGUCUUUCAAUCAGCACAUCCCGACAUCUUCGUUUCUCACGCCGAUAUCGAUAUGCUUUGUGAAAUACCCGCUACAGAACGCAGUAGAUCUGAGCCAAUUUUGUACCUGCAGCAAGUUCUCCAGCGAAUCAGUUCGCUUCCUCAAGCCACCAUCGCGAAAGUCGAAGGAAUGGCCAGGGGAGGUGGUCAUGAAUUCAUGCUUGCAUGUGACAUGAGGUUUGCGGCACGUGGUAAAGCCGUGUUCAUGCAGAUGGAAGUUGGAAUGGGAAUUGUCCCUUGCGGAGGAGGUAUAUUAAUUGUAUUUUGUGCUUAUACAAUGAAUUUAUCCCCAGUUUUCCCCACAGUUCACCACUAUCACCGUCAGUAACUUCAAGAAUCAGUCUGUCAUUCUGUGUCUGCUAUGUUACACGACACAAUUUUUGCUGCAAUUUGCCGAGCAAUUUGCAACGCAAUUUUUGACAUAGAGCUAUCAUGUUAUAUCUGACAUAAAAGUGAUAAACCAGAACUGGCAGAUGCUCCAGUGGCGCAGCCGUCUGGGCAAGCGCCUUUCACCUCGGGUUCGAUUCAGUCGCCGUGGACUCGUGACACUUAUAUAUAAAGAGUUAUGUAAAGCAAAAGCUUGUUUUCCAUUAAGCCGGUUUUCCACUAGGCGGAAUUUUCCGCGCGGAGCGGAAUUUUUCUUUGUCUUGUGAUUUCUCGGGUGGAACUAAUUACGGAAAAGACAAAGAGAAAUUCAGCUCCGCGCGGAAAAUUCCGCCUAGUGGAAAACGGCCUUUAAGGCCCAUACAGACCGGACGCGAUUUGGCAACGCGACGCGAAUUUUCAUCUUUCACUUAAGCAAUUUUAGCUAUUUGGUCUGCUUAUCUUGUAAAAUUUUUAUCCGUUGACGGUUUUAUUUGUAUUUGAAAACUGAAAAUUCGCGUCGCGUUGCCAAUUCAUGUCCGGUCUGUUUGGGCCUUUAAGCCUGUUUUCCACUAGGCGGAAUUUUGCGCGCGGAGCGGAAUUUUUCUUUGUCUUGUGAUUUCUCGGGUGGAACUAAUUAGAAAAGACAAAGAAAAAUUCCGCUCCGCGCGCAAAAUUCCGCCUAGUGGAAAACGACCUUUACUCUUUAGGCUGAAUUUUGCGCGCGGAGCGGAAUUUUUCUUUGCAAGUCUUGUGAUUUCUCGGGUGGAACUAAUUAGAAAAGAUAAAUAAAAAUUCCGCUCCGCGCGCAAAAUUCCGGAAAUAAUGGAAAACUUCAAUUCAAUUCAAUUUAUUAUGUCAAACUAAUUUACAAAAUCAAUAAAGGCUUAGCCAGCUCAUUCUCAUUCCACGUUCUGCUUAAUUGCGACAUUGUCGCAAUCUCGUUCCCCGAGCAUGCCCGUUCGCAGGCUAAGGGUGGGCAUAGCUCUGGAGAAAUCGAAUUGUUCACGUUGAAUUUCCAACGUGAGUUCUACGCAUGCUCGGCAAUGUUGCAAAAUAUAAAUAAAGUAUUUAGAAUUUCGCGUCGAAAAUUUGAUACAUUUUACACUUAAAUCGAAUUGAAAACAACUAAAAAUUCUGGGGGAAAUAUGAGUACGAAAGCUUCGGUUGGAUAGAGAUACAACUACCUGAAAAAUACAAGGAGAACAUCGACGUUUGAAGCGAAGGCGCUUCGAUUUGUACUGUUUAUGUUUGUAUACAUCGUACUUGACCUUUGCUGAUAAAUAUAAUUUCCUCAACAAUAAGUAUUAUAUAUUUUUAUGCUUUAAAAUUUACACUAACUCUCCUGUCAGAAUUUAUGGUAUGCGUAGUGUUACAUAUGACAGUAUAUAAAAGGUCAAGUACGAUGUAUACAAACACUAACAGUACAAGUCGAAGCGCCUUCGCUUGAAACGUCGAAGUUCUCCUUGUAUUUUUCAGGUAGUCGUAUCCCUAUCAAUCCGAAGCUUUCGUACAUAUUUCCUCCAGAAUUUCUAGUUGUUUUCAAUUCGAUUUCAGUGUAAAUAAAAGUAAAGUGUAACGAGAAAUUCCAAAUACUUUGUUUAUAUUUUGCUGCAAUUGCCAAGCAUGCGUAGAACUCACGUUGGAAAUCCAACGUACUUAUCUGCCGUUAGCCAAUCACAGGCCUGAAUCAAUUCGAUUUCUCCAGAGCUAUGCCCACCCUUAACCUGCGAACGGGCAUGCUCGGGGAACGAGAUUGACAUUGUCGUUGAGACGUAAAUACCUAAUCAAUUUGUCAUUGCCAGGCACACAACGUCUCGCCCGUCAAGUUGGAAUGGGUCGUGCAAUGGAGAUAAUUCUCGCAGCUCACGAUUUUGAUGCUGAUUUAGCGGAGAGAUAUGGCUCCAUUAACCGCGCUCUAAAUCCAGACGAGAUCGGACCAUUUGUUGAAGAACUCGCCAACCGUAUCGCCAAGUUUCCGGCUGGAUCAAUCACCGCGUGCAAAAGAUGUGUCAUUAAG